AUGACCAAAUCAGAGCCCACGACACCGAACCAGCCGAUUCCUCCCAAGGAGUCUUGGAGCAAUGGCCUCCUCCACGGGCUCAGGAAGAAGGUCCUCCAUCGCAACUCCAAGAGCCAGUCGUUGUUUUCAUCAUCUGGUGAUCAAACCCCAACUGCGUCCGGCAGCAACAAUACUUCGCAAUUCCUUGCUUCGCCGGUACAAGCGACACCUCCGAUCAGUCCUCAUCAGUUCCAGUACCCAUAUCCAUACUCGCCUAUUCCACCCGGCCCUCCAAGUCUGAGGCAAGCCGACAUCGACCGCUUCGAAGGUUUUCAACAGCAACUGCCUCCUCCGACCCAAGCCAAUCCCAAUGGACCGCUUUCAAUGUGCUUUGCCGUUGACGUCUCAGGCAGCACUCGAGGUCGGGUCCUACGAGAGGAACAGGCAGCCAUCGAUGAGCUGGGAAGUGCUCUGACCAAGGGCGGACAGUUCUCCAAGGAUGAGGCAUGGAUCUUACCUUGGGAUGACAGAGCACACUCCCGUCGCCCGUUGAACGGCGCCAUGAGCCUCGUCUCCGGAGCUGGGACACGUCCGUCGGCCGUCAUCAACGAUGCCAUUCACAAAUACACCCUCCAGAAUUCAGGUCUCUGGUGUCUGAUGACAGACGGUUACAUCGACAAGCUCGAGGUGCAGAGCUUUGCCAACGCGAUCCCAAGAGCCGGCAUCCACGGCACCGCAUGCAUCAUCGUCACAUUCGGCUGGUACCAGCGGUCGCCCUUCGAGUGCAACGUGUCGGUCGGCAUGUCAGUCUUCGCCGUCGCUCCGCACUGCCUGUUUCUCUACCACGGGAUCCAGGACAGCAAAGUGUACGUCUUCCAGGCCAAGGGCUGCUUCGAGAAGCUAUUGCCUGAGGACAAGCGCUUCGUCGCGUUCAACGCAUCUACGCAAUGGCGAGACCUGCACUCUGUCUCCUAUGAUGAGGUGGCCCAGGUGCAGGUGCCUCGGCCGAUCAAGCUAUCCGUAGACUCUGUUCUGCUUCCCUCGGGUAAAACAUUUGACAUGCGAUCCAUCUACGACAACAGUGUCUCUCAACAAGAUCAGAUGGAUCUGCUAGCCGAUUAUUCAUCUCUCGAUGUCGUUCUCCUCGCUGCCAAGACGAGGGGAAAGAGCGCUGCGGUGAAGAACUGGGCGGAGAAGGCUCGUAAGGAUAAUGAAUCCAGGCAGCCGAAGUCAAUUAAUUGUGAAGACUUGAAUGGGAAGGGCACCUCUCAACUAAAGAAGCUUAUCACCCUCAUCACGAGUUCAGACGACCCAGAUGCCUUCUGGGACAUGCUUCGAAGCGAGGCGUCUUCAAACAAGCCGCAGAUCGAGUCGCUCAAGAAAGAACUCAGGUGGCAGCAUAAGGUCAACUGGGACACGUUUGAGAAUAAAGUCCGCGAAGAGGCCGAGCUGCCCGGGAAGGUGAACAUGGCCUUCGAUGAGGUAUUGACUGCCAUCUCAACCUACGAGACAAAAGCCAACCAAGACACACCCGCCGCGCUCACCCCCUUGUCUUCGCCCAUGCCCACAUCACCACCCUUUGAUCCCAAUGAUGCAUCCGAUGACGAUGAUGCUGGAACCCCACGCCUUUAUUCCAAUCAAUACGUCCCUCCUCCCGCUCCAACGAGCCCCAACAUGCCACGCAUGAGCCCCCUUUCACCAUCGGCGGGCCCCGUGUUCCAGCAAUACAACGGCUUCGUUCAUCCAUCUGCAAUGUUCAACCCUGGUACCGGACCACCUGUUAUAGGCCCCUCUCACGUUUUGCGAUCGCCUCCCAUGAGUCCCGGAAACAUCCCUCCCUCCAGCUACGCCAUGACAUUCCUGUCAGAUUUCACAGAUCCUUCGCCUCCCAGAUAUCCUUCACAGAACCGCGGCCAAAACUACAGUACCUGUUUACUCUGCGGCAAAGAAUCAUCCCUUCAAACCUUGCUACUCCAGUCAAACCCCACGACAGAGGGCACCCGGAAUCUGCCAGCUCCAAACACCCGCUCUGGCCAUCGGUAUCCGCUAGUGCUGGGGAGCUACGCCGAGACCGACGUCGUCCUCCCCAUGGUAUGCUGCGACGGGUGUGCCUUUCUCUUCCUCCGCGCCGGCGAACUCCCCAACGGAGGGGGCCGAGUCGCUGCCGCCCUGCCUCUGGUCCAGCUGCACGUGUCUUCCAACCGGAAGAAGUGGGUUGAGACCCUCAGCGCUGUGUACGAUCACCGCUUCAGCGAUCGGAUCGUCCUGCUCGUCUUCCUGUCCACGCUCUGCUCCACCAUCGAGGACAUUGCCGAGAGUAACGACGCGGGUGUCCAGCGCGUCCGGGAGUCUCUUGAGUGGUGCUGCAGGGCCAUCUCCCGCCUCUCUGGUGUCUCUACACUGGCUGGCCUUACACCUGUGGGCAGUCCCCUGACUGGCAUGAUUGACGAGAGGAUGCCCAUGCAGGACACGAUCCGCCUGGCGUUCUCCAAUGUGGGGAUCAAGCCGACGGCCACGGAGUCGCCGCUGCUUGGCUACCCGAUCCAUGGGUUUGUCACCCUCGUUAGGCUUGCUUCCCUAUUCGAUACCAUCGAAGCUUCAGAGAUUGAGCUGUUUGUUUGGAAGAGGCUCUGUCAUUAUCUUGUGGAACAGCAUUCCCACAUGCAAGCCAGGAUCGGGGUCUCCGAGGCGAACGACAAGCUAAAUGCCUUCCUAUUCGACGGCUCUGCUCGGGACAAGGCUACGCUAUCCGACGGCAGGACGGCGCGAUCAGUCUGCCACAUGAGUGACCUGAUGAGCACGCAUCUGCUAAACCAAGACGCAGUCGAUCAAUUCCAUCGGAUGGAGGACUAUUUUGGCAUGAUGCAGAGCGCGAGCAGCAACUACAAAAACGCGCUGGCCGUCUUUCUACACAUCUUCAACGAGGGUCUCAAGAACCAAACACGGGUUACUAAUGCCGCCGAGUUCUUCAUCCAGUUGAGAUACCGGGCAGAUAAGCUUGUGCUGCGGAACGGGUCGCUGAAUAACAUCGUGGAGGAGCCAAAGGCGACUGAUGAGGCUAUGGCUGUUGGGUCGAUUGAUCUAAUCUACAAGCUGGAUAACUUAGACUGA